AGCAGACAUACGGACUUCAGUGACAGUGGCCACCCCAAAACAGUGCCAUUUUUAGACGUUCACUGCUGACGUUUACAGAGGCUUCAAAUAGCUUCCGUUUUUUUACACUGGUAGUGAUUGGACUGGUCUGGACUCACCCAGUGAGCUAAGCAGAGUAGGGGGGGGGGAAACAAGUCCACACUUCAAUGGAGGAACAGCCCAAAGAUCGGGCACAAGACAGACAAUAUCACCACCACCACGGAGAGGACAGAAGCUCUACUCAACAAACGACGUGUCUAAAACAUGAUCAGAGCCACUUCCAGCGCCAGCAUCAGGAAACGCAGACGAAGAAAACAGGCAAUAAGAAAGUAAACAUCAGUGAGGAGGAGGGGGACAAGAAUCCACAUCUGUCUGAUACUGUUGGUAUGUCGCAUCCCCCCAACAGCAAUGGUAACAGACACACAAGUAUUACAAAUGUGAAGCAGAGGUCAUCACAAAAGCUGUACACUACUGUUCCAAAAGUGAGCAGCAAAGGACUGGACCAUAAAAAGAAUAUGGACCUAAAAAAUGACAAGGACAAGGCUCUGGAAUUUAAUCAUCAUGAGUGCCAUCCAUUGGAUAAGAAAGGCUCUGUGUUGCUUCAGAAUGGUGUUGUAAACUGUGGCUUAAUAACAAAUGGUUAUUCUAGCAAGGACAAUGAUGGCAGCGGCUCUGAAGGUGGAUACACUACUCCGAAGAAACGCAAGGCCAGAUGCAACAACACCAAGAACUCUGAUAAUGUAAUAAGAGAAAAGGACAAAGAAAUGCAGCCGGGCAACACUACGCAGGAUCACGGGGCUUUUAAUCUUGAGACAGUCGAGAAGGGAGUUACUUCCAGACUUGAUGGUUUCAAAGCCGCUAAUAAAGUAGAAGCGCAGUCCUCAGCUCGGCGGACUGCUGCCUCGGAGGCUUCAAUGGGUGAAUCUCAGAGGAAAAAUUCUGAUGGCAAAUCUGUUGGCACCUUUGGUAAAAAGACUGAAGACAGGCACAAAGCCAAGCUUUCCUCACCUUCAAAAGAGGACUCAUGGACUUUGUUCAAGCCCCCUCCAGUAUUUCCUGUGGACAAUAGCAGUGCUAAAAUUGUUCCCAAGAUCAGUUAUGCAAGUAAAGUAAAAGAAAACCUCAACAAAGUAGCUCAAGGUGGAGGAGAGGCACUGCCUCCUCCUGUUAGACUGUCACAGGUCCCUAUGUCUGCUAUGAAAACUAUCACCUCAGCUAGCUUUACUAAUGGCCCUGUUUCUGGAAAUGGAAACGGCUGCCCAUCAGUGGGUACCUUCUUCGCUCCUGCUGCUAGUAGUAUUCCACCAGCCCCAUCUAUCCCAAGUGGCGAGAAUGUAGCAUCUUCUUUGGAAAGUAACUGUAGCUCUACAAUUAGUCCUGUAGAUGGAGACGCAUUGGAGCUCAGAAAGUGUGCUCUUUUAAUUUACCCUUUAAAUAUGCAACCUGUGCUCCCUAGUGCUCGUCACCUUGACCCGCCGGCUGCUCAGACAAAUCAGAAAGCCUUGGGAGAUAUCUUCCAGAAUCAGUGGGGGCUUUCCUUCAUCAAUGAGCCCAACUUGGGGGCAGAGGGAGGAAGUGGCCAGGUGCCCACAGAGGACAAAACUGCUGUGGUCACACUUCAAAGCGAGUGUCAGGCUGGUACAGCUAAAGCUGCCCAGCCUUGCUUUGAUGUUAGCCCAUCAUUCUUGGAGCCUGGCACUUUGGCUCAGGACCCAGAGAAAAGGACUUGUGCCCCUUGCAAUGUGUCUAAUGUUUGUUCUCCUGCUUGUGUGAUGAGUGAGGAGGAAAACAAGCUGCCGCCAUGUGGCCAGGAAAGGGCAAAAGUUGAGGGUAAGGGUGCAGGUUCUUCUGGGUUGGCCCCCAGUAAAGACAACGGUGCUAAGCCUGCACUGGGCCAGCUAACCACUCUGUUUUUUGGCUCAUCUAAAGAGCCAACCCACUCUAAAGACAUUGGCAGAAGGUGUAGCUUGGGGUCCUUUGACGUUAAAGCUGCUGUCACUUAUCACACUAAAGAAAUGGAAUGCAUUUUUAACUUGCAAAAACAAGAUCCAAAAAGAGUAGUGGUUUAUGAUGAGGCCAAGGAUGGACCUGAUCAGUGAGGCAGAUGGUCUACAGUACUUACCGUCUUCUCCUCUGGGUGCUGCGGUUAUCUACCUUGGAAAUCAUAAACCCUGUGGGACAGAUAAAGUGACAACUGUGAAAACAUUAAUAGUAUAGCAUGGCAGAUUUUCCUUGGAAUCGUUGAUGGAAUAACGGACCUCCUCUGGGGCAUCAGACAAAUGUGCACACACACUCUGGAGGGAUGGGAAAGGGGUUGAUUGGUGCCUCCAACAUGUUAAACUUGCAAACUCUGGAGCUGUGAGUGUCCCUUGUCAUUGCUCUUUAGGAUGAUGUUUCAAGUUCAACGAAGGAAGGUGUCAUGGAUUGCACCUCCCUAAGCCUUUAUCCUGUUGAACUGCGGAGGCCGCCAGCCUGACUUUGGGAUGCCUCAGUCAUUUUUUCUUUUCUUCACGCAUUCAAAUGAGUUCAUUGUAGAUACAUUAGACGUUAUACAUACACACGUGUGUGCAAGAUAGAAUUCAUUGUGGAGGAAAGGAGACCACACUUUGCAAAGAAUGCCUUGAAGUUGUGGACUAAAGAUCUUAGGAGGCCUCUUAAACUGUAGGUUCAGUGGAAGCUCGUAGGUGAGUCCCCAUCCAGGGAGGGAGAACCUUGUCUUAAAUCCUUUAGGGGAAAUCAGAGCCCUCAAAAUUCAACCCUUUUUCUUUUAUACCGUUAUGUCAGACUUAACAUGAUGAGUGUUACUCUGCACUGCAGUAUGACCCCAGAGCACAGGUACAGAAGUGCCCCAUCUGAAGGAAAGCUAUGCCCCUUCAUUUCAUCGUUUAUUACAGGUGCGCUAAAGAUUUUAAAGUCAGGUCUCUGCUGAAGGCAAAACCUUUUAAUGUCAAAGCUUUUCAUACAUUUCAUGCACAUUGAAUAGAGGUCAGUGGAAGCUAUUCCUAAAUUCAGAUUCAUACACCUUUCUAAUAUGAAUCAUGACUUUAGGUACUAUGUGACAUUUUUUAGCAAGAUAACCAACAAGGUCUUCUGCGUUUUUGUUCAAUUUGUUUAGCAGCAAGACUCAGGAUGUUCAUACAGAUUAUUUUGCCUGCAUUUCUGUCUGUAAAAACUGUUCACUUCCUCUGAUCAAAGGAACAUGGGUUGCAUUUUACAGCUUAGAUUUUGAUUUCUGUCUCAGCGUUGGGUCUUUACUUCUCUGUCUUGUGGCAUUGUAUUUCCUGCAUGUUUACGAGUGGGAAUGAACGAGACAGAGGUCGCGCUUCAUCGCCAUGCAAAGAUCAGAGCAACACAACAAAAAUUGCAAUACUAAUCUAGGUUGCCCCCCCCCCCCCCCCCGCCCCGACUAGCCACUUUGUCCAAACUGUUGAAAUGUGAAGAUGAGUUGUACGUUUAUGUUUUUACUGUGGAUAACAUUUAACAUUUUGCAAAGCAGUGUGCAAUAACACCGUGUGAUCCAUACGCUGUGUGAAAAAAUGGGUUAUACGGAGCUACAAAAUCAUCACCCAAGAUGCUGGUGUGACCUGCAGUUUGUUUGUUCAAAAAAAAAGUUUUAAGGUGCAUUAUCAGUUAGUGGCACACAUUUCUUUAAGUGCAAAAUGAGCUCAUGCUGAAAGAUCUAAUUAAGUCUAGAGAGCCCAAAAUUAGCUUAAACUGCUAACUGGCCGUUUGUGACAUCCCUUUUCAUCACCACCUCCAAAUCAGAAUCAAGUUUGUUCAACCUAAUGAAGGAGCUGUCCAGGUUUCUUUUCUCUAGAUGAUAUGAUUUGGUUAAUGUGUGGAUUAAUAGCACUUUAUGUAAACUAAUUGCUUUUAUCUUUUAAUCGCUAGAGAGAGAUCUAUAUGUACUGACAAGAAAUACUCCUCGAAAGAAUGGCUCUGGGCUGUUACUUUUCAGAAAAGAAAUAAAUACAGAAUUAUUAAAUGUAACUCAGGUAGUGUUGAUAAAGCCAUGACUAUGUUCAAUAUUGUUUUUUGUUUUUUUUCAAAUGUCCCCUGUCCUGUAAUGUUUAAUUGGAGUUGUUGAAUUGGAGUCCUAUUAUAUAGAGUCUCAUAUGAUACUAUGACAACAAAACACCAAACGACUUACUUGUUAGGGAACCGUCAUGGCAUGCAAGGUGCUGUCAUUGAUCAUUUUGAGCUCUUAAAAUCGGAGUUUUCCUUUUAUCUCCCCCGUUUAAAAAAUGAAUAAAUAAAAAAAAAAAAGCACAUUGCUCCAUGUUUUAGUCAACUAGACUGAUAUUUUCUUACCGUCUUUGAUGACUGAUUUUACUUCAUGUGUUCAUAGUGAAGCACCUCUUGCUUUAUUAUUGCUGUUCCUGUCGGGGUGAGCUGUUCUUCAAGUACACUUCUCUCCACUGUGUCCCGAUGAGACGGCACUGCAGAAAGUCGCAGCUGCAGCCUGACAUUUAACUUCCAUGACUAAUCUCAGUCAGCUCUCUGUUAUUUAAAGAUGCUUCGUUUUGGCUUCCGUUGUACAGCGUGUGAUGGAUGAGUGUGUUAUCAGAUGCUGCCCUCUGAUAAAGAACAAUUGAUGUGUCCAAUGUGGCCGACGGGGAAGCGAGUGUGUUCAAGGAGAUAUCACCUGUUAGCUUUUGGACUUUUUUUUUUUUUUGUUCUUGUGAAAAAUAAUAUUGAAUCUGUCAUCACAAAAACAGUUGUUUUUUGUUGUUGCCCUUAAUCGAUACACAAAGUGACAUAAUCUCAUAAAAAAUGCCAAAUUUAUCAGUCAGCAGUGAUGCAUCUUGAGGCUCUAAAUGUUAAACAGGGUGAUUCUAUGGAGCUGUAUGUAUUGUUACUGUAGUCUUACGACCUUUUGCAGAUAUUUGAACUUUGUCAUGUUUUAAAGAGGAUGGUCCUGCACAGGGAAAUCAGAGAAUCUCCUUUCCUCCCACCCCAAGGGAGGAAGGGAGUGCUUUUAUCAAGCACUUAUUACAGCAAAAAGGCUAUGUGGAAUAUGCAUCUUUAAAGAUAGAACUUUUAUUAGCAUUGUAGCCUGCAUACCAAAAACAGGUUCUUGAAGCUGCCUAGAACGUUAAUCAGUAAUCGGAGUGAAGAGGGGAGGGGGGAGGGGGAGGGGGAGGGGGGGGGUGCAAGUGAGUGACUGACUGUUGGUGUGUUGAGAUAGAAACACCUGAUCAUGUGGAGUUUUUUUUUAUAUUUCCACCUCCUCAGGAUGUGCAAUCACCUCAAUGAUGCUAAAGCAGCAGGCAUCCAGGUUUGCGAGUUUGGCCUCGUCAUUUUGUGGGUAUGUGUGUGUAGUCAGUUCUUCCUAUUAUAUGCAAGUUCCUCAUAUAUUUCAACCACACCCCUCCCUCGCUGCCCUCCUGUUGUUUCAUGUUCGGUGCCUGUGUGGAAAAAAAAAAAAAAAAAAGUACUUUUACAGCAAUUUUGAUUGUUUAAAAUCUGCUUCUAGCAUAUAUCUGUGCCAUUUUUUUCUUUGUUUUUGUAACACUUGCAAGGCUGUUCAAGUUCUAAUCCUAAUUUCUUCUUUGAAGCGACAUGGACGCAGCUGGAAGCGAUGAGCAAUUUCUAUGUGUUGUGUAGGGUUUGAAAUAUUUCCUGGCUUGUGUUCAGAGAUGUAUGUGACCUAAAGCCAAAAUCAGUUUGAAUGGGACAGACGACAUUCGCUUGCUGGUGUGUGAACUCAUGGCUGUUCAGUGUUGAGUUAAUGUCUGAAGUAGCACAUAAUUGAUUUGAUUUAACAAAUUUAUGUUUUAACACGUUUUUCCAAGACGUUUUCUUUCUUCUGUUUGUUUUUUUUGUUUUUUUUUAAUUUUGAGUAUUACCUAAUUUAUCCGUAGAUGCACACGUAGGAUGAGACUAAAAGGAAUAAAUGAUACCUAAAAUCACAGUGUCUCAUUUUUGUUGAGUUUGAGAUGACUUGAGUUACUGAUUAGGGCUGAUGUAGACUCCAAUAACACCCACGUUAAUACAUUUUAAGUUAUCUUCCUGCAGAUUUUAUACAAAUGACUUUGAAUUCAUUUCUUCAGGUAGUUGUGAUGGAGUGACGAGCAUCCCAGAGUUCCUGUUUCCUCUUUUUUUUUUAUUAUUUGUGGUGAGGGGAGUGAAGCGUUAACAUGCUGUUCAAAAACUCUGGAUCUGCUUUUUUCAGUACACUACUCAGAUAUUCAGCUACUAACUGGCAAACGCA